AUGCUGCACCACACACACACACAAGCCUAUCCACCCAUCCACACCCACCGCCUGCUGCAGAAGCCAUCAUGGGAGCUACACUGCCAGCAACAAGAUGCUGGGGAACGAUCUGAGGCUGUUGCGGGAGAUGGCCUGGCUGCUGCUGCGGCUGAAGCUGUUGCUGCGGUUGUUGUUGGUGGUGCUGUUGGUGCGGCUGCGGCUGCUGCUGCUGCUGGAGAUGCUGCUGCUGCGGUUGAAAGGACGCGGGCGGCUGGGGAUAGGCGCUUGGGUUCUGAUAAUACGGCGGUAUAUGGUGAGCAGCGCCGGGCAGGGGCUGCUGGUGCUGCUGCUGGGCGGCCUGGAAGUAGGCGACCGACGCGUGGGGGCCGACGACGGACGAGGAGACGGGCAGCUGGUGCGCCUGGAGCUGCUGCUGGUGAAGCUGCUGCUGGACAUGCUGCUGCUGCUGCAGAGGGUGGUGGUAGGCCAUGGGCGGCUGGUUCAUGGCUGGCUGUCGAGGCUCGCGCUGGGCCGGCGAGUCCACGGCAGGCAAUAAGGCAAGCUUCGAGGGCGAAGGGCGAGGCCGGCGGGAAAGAGACAGCGGCAGCGGCAGAGUCGGGUCGGUCUUCGCAGUGCGCGUGGAGGAGAGCGUCUCGAGUCAGCGCUGCUGCAGGCUGGGACUUGCUGGACGUUGACUGGGCGGCUGGCGAGGUCGAGGUUUGGCCCCCUGGCUGGCGGUGGACUUUUGGGCGGCUGGCGUAUCAGCAGCGCCAGAGCAUCGCGGGCGGGCGAUCAACGAGAGACGUCGUCCUGCUUCUUCGGGUCUCUUUCUUCCUCUCUUUCUUCCUUGCUGGACUUCCCGUCCGUCUCGCUCGGCCUUUUUGCUUCUUCUGCUUCUGCUUCUUCUUCUUGCUGGCGUUUUUCUUCCUCGUCGUCGUCGUCGCUGAAAUUCGACUUUUUUUUUUCCUCCCAGGUCAAGUCACGUGCUUAACACGAGGCACGUGA